AUGGGGAAUUCUGCGAAAGUUGAAGGGGCUUUCGAAGCUACUGCUUUGUUUUUGCAACCCAAGAACCCAGGUCUUUCAUUAGUAGAAUCCUUAAAAAAAACACUACCUGAGCAUUAUGAAACCAGCAGAGCCCCCAGAGAAAGGGUAAUACGGCGAAGCCUUGACCUGCUGGUAGAUAUCCACCAAGCAUUUAUCCAAAGCCAGACCCAAGAUGACAAUGCUACUGGUCUUGAGGACGCAAAAAGGAGACGAACCCUCCAUGCCCUCCUUGACCUCAUCUCUUUAGAGGGAAUAUAUCCAUCACUGUCGGCAGGUGCCGGGAUUCCCCUGGAAAAGAGAGUGAUUUCUAGCCUCCCUACGGGCGUAGUGGCUAGGCAAGAUGGGUCAGACGAAAGGCCAUCCCCCCAAACGGAAGCCUUCCUUCUUUAUAUACUCAUGUCGCUACGAAAGAUACUUCAAGAUGACAGUUCUUCACUUCAGUCAAUCAUAAUGGGGAGGCUUCUCUCAGACCUGAUUUCAGGAGCCGCCGAGCUGUCUUUCCAUUCCCAAUACCUCACUCAGCCAGAAGUCGAAUGUUGUAAUACCAUGUUCUGGAAGAUUAUUGGGGACACCCCAACCCCCUUUUUACUCCCAGUACUUACAUCGUUUCUUCAGCCAAAUUCUGCUCCUUGGCUCAAGGACCCAAUCUCUUCGGCCCUGUCAAGUAUACCCCUUCGCAAAGAGGGAGUCUUCCAAAUAAUAACCUUUCUUGCGUCCCAGUUCGCUCCUGAGACCUCGUCAACUUCGCAGCAGACCAGCGGGCCUCUAAUUACUGCUCAGGCAAUCAUGCAGUCUUCCAGGAUACUUUCGAGUAUACCCCGUGGGACAUCUCCCGAACAAUUUCUUACGAAUGUCGGGCCCAAACUUCUCUCCCUUCUCGAUGGAGAUGAUAUGGACCUAAAAAAGACAGCGUCGUACAUUAUAGGGAAUGGUAUCUUGCCAAAGCGUCCUAUUGGCGCUCCAGGUACAAUUGGCUUUACAAUAUUCGUCAAACCUAUCUUCGAUGCUUUUCAUGGAAAAGUUAAGGGGUUGUCCACUUUGUGGCUACGCAAGUUUAAUCGGGACGGUUCGCCAUCCGUUGAGAGAACUGACAGCCAUCUAAAAGGCCCCCGCGUUGUCGUCAAUACCCAUCAACUAUCUCUAUCUUUAUCUCGUCUAAAAUCCUUGGUGGUACUUCAUCCUAAUCCCGCCCUACUUAAACGGUUAAUUGGGCCUAUAAUGCUUCCUCUCUGGGGCUUACAUUGGCACGCAAAGACUCUAGUAAAUCAUCAGUGGGCCGAUCAGACGUUCACCCUCUUACAGAACUACUUCAGUAUAUCUUCUGAAAAAUCUAGAUUUGAACGGUUGGUCCAGAAUAUGAUGUGGGAUGGCGAGGAGACGUGGGCCUACAAGCACUCCCUGAACGAUGAAAUAUUUGUAGGGCAGCGCGAAUCCUCAAAUCAAGAGCAUGCUAAUGUCAUGCAAGUCAUUGAGGAUAUCGACCAGCGGGCUGAUUUACUCGUCAGUUUUCUUGGAGUUGAUCCACAGCGAGAAACGCAUAUUGGGGAAAUUUUCCUUCUGGUUACCAACAAGUGGCUCCUUGAAGACGGAGGGAUCCCUGACAGCCAGCGGCUAGUAUUUCCAGAUGAUAUCCACACAGGCCUACAGAAGGUGAUAUAUGCCAAAAUUGCCGAAAAAAUUAUUAGCCAGUUUCAAGAUAUUUUAUGCCGUCAAUUGGAUCAAAUAGUGCAACUUGUCAACCAACUUCUUGAUCAUGAAAUGCAUCUGGUUACCAAUAGGGAUAGGAAAGAAGCUGCUAAACCUACCUUAGAAUCACUCAGAAACAUUUCAAGGAAGCCUGAAAAUGAAUUUGGUUCUCAUUCUCCAGACUCUACUGGAUCGCCAGAGCCGCUACCCGCUGCCCUCAGCUUGCUUUCUACCCUUCUGCUAUCCUCUGAUUUUAACCCUGGGGAUGAAAUAGGCCCAUUGCUUUCGGAAACAAAGGAAAAAUUAGAUCGAAUACUUCCCCUUAUCUCUCAAUCGGCGAAGCACCCAGCAACGGCGUUAUCCAUUCACAUCGAGAUUAUCCUCGGUGGACAUAUACCCCAUGAGAAGAGGGAAACCAUGUCUGUUGCCAAGAAGGAACACAUAAAUGACGUGGCGGCGCACCGACAAGCUCUUGAGAACUUGAAUUCGUCUUUACCUCCAGUCCAAGCCGAGGGACUUUCGAUAUUAUCCGGAUUAAUAAAGAACUCUUCGCCAGUUCUUGACAUCCCGGCUACACUCACGCUUUUAAUAUCCUUGAUUAUCAGAGGCCAUGGAGAUAUGAAAGAUGACGAGUUUGUCUACUUAAAUGUGAUCUCUCAUAUCGGUCUUCUUGCCUCGAGACAUCCUCGCACCGUUAUAAAAACCCUGACCGAGAGGUAUAAGGACAAUAACGAAGAGGCUUCAUUGGACGAGAGACUUCGUGUCGGUGAAGCUAUUCUCAGGGCGGUCGAAGAUAUAGGAGGUGCUCUGGUAGGUGAAACUGCUACAAUCUUAGGCGACGCAAUGGUAGAAGUGGCUGGAAGGCGAGGGAAAAAGCCAAGAGCCAAAGUGAAAAGGUUAGCAGAUGCCAAACAACAAGAAUUGGAACAGGGCAAAACAGAUGAUACAGAAGACCUAGAAGCCGAAGCUACAGACAUCUUAAAUCAAUUGGACCAGAAUACAGACUCGGAGUCGGAAGACCCGGUGAAAUCUGCCUAUUCGAAUAGAAUCCUUCAGGCAUGGGCUUCAGGGGCAGCCUCAGAUGAACAUCCAGAUGAUCUACGUGUCCGAGCAUCAGCCAUCUCAAUCCUAGCAUCUGCUAUUCAUACGAAUAUUGCUGGUAUAGGACAACGAAUAGUGUCUAGCUCUGUGGACAUGGCACUUUCCACACUGGCCUUGGAAACUGGACCCGGGAAUGCCAUCAUCCGCCGUGCAGCUACCAUACUCCUUCUUGACACUACAAAGGCAUUGGACAAAGCUAUGGAGCAAGGUGUAGACCUAGGGUUCGCCUUUUCACAUACCAUGUUCAUCCCUAGCAACAUGAACACAAUUGGAAACAUUCCGGAUAUCCUCCGUGUUCUAGCUUUUGUGGAAAGCGAAGAAACUGACGUUCUUGUCCGUGGGCAUGUACGGGCUUUAACGGAGAGUUUAGAGGCGUGGACUGAAAAAUCAAUUUUACAUGGUAUUGGAGCCGGUGCUCGGCCUCAAUUUGGACUUGGUGAUAAGCUCGCUGGGUUGGAUAUUGCGCCAGGGUCUACCGCUUCGAGUAGUAGGGGCCGUCCACGAAUUGAGGAAAUUGAGUAA